ACUUCGCCGACUUCGCGACCUGCCUGAGAGACAGCUGGGUGACCUCACACUGUGGUGACGUGGCGGGGGCAGCUCGUCACAACGAUUCACUGCUGCUGAGAAUGGAGAAAGCGUACUUUCCCGAUUGCCUCAACGGCACCGGUAGGAUCGAAAAGGAGUGCCAUCCGGGCAAAGCGCUCCAGAAGUUCAUGAGCUGCGGAAGCCGGUUCUACGACAGCGCGGUGCGCGUCUUCCAGAACCAUGCCACCGUGUCGCUCACCUCGAUCUGCCCCGAAGUGGACACGUAUGACCAGUGUGCUCGCGAGACUCAGCAGGAGGCGCGCUGCUCGUCGGGUUACGAGAUGGCGCCCCACAUCAAGUUCAUCGCCGAUGGCGUCACUCAGAGGUACCACCUCCUCUGCGACGCCCUGAAGAAAGCUGCCUUUCAGAAGAGCACGACUGCGUGCAACCGUCAGAGGUUCAUCAAUGACAUGUUCCUGUGUGGCUUCCACUUCGCCAACAUCAUGGACAUAGCCCGGAAGGAUUCCAGCAUCAAUCCGUGCUCGUACAUCGAGAGGUACAAGAAGUGCCACAACACGUCCCUGGAGACGUACGGCUGCGCUCCCCCCGACCAGCUGUACAAGGACGCCGAGAAGUUCUUCGAGUUCCUCACGCAGAAGUUCAUGGACAAGUGCCGCGCAGACAACAAGGCCGGCAACGUAGCCUUGGUAUCCCUCCUCACCGACAAGGACGGUACUUCGGAUGUUGAGAACAGCUGCGACGGGUACAACUUCAUCGGACGCUUCUUCCGCUGCUCCAACUCUUUCAUGAAUGCAACCGGGGGCCUCCAGGACACCUACCUGAUUUGCAGGGCGUUGACCCGGUACCAGCAAUGCAUGCAGAGAGCCCGGCUACACACCCACUGCGAGAAGACGGUGGAGCUGAACGGCCACAUGGAUUCUAUGGAGCAGCUGAUGCUGGCAAGGCACGAGUCCCUGUGCUCUGCCAGAGGAAAGAAGGCGUACAUGGAGAGCGAAGGCGACGCCGCCGAUCGCUAGGCUGUUGCCAUGCUGCCCUCAGCAACUGCUGUGAUCUCCCGGUGUUUGUUUUUAUCAAGGAAAAAGAAAGCACCCGGUUCACGCAGUUUCUAGUCACAAAUUCUUUUCGUGCAUUAAAUGAAUGUCGUCGAUGUACCCAACGGUACCGGUUGUUGUGUAAUACGUAGGUUGUAAGCUGUCAGGUUUUGGGAAUAGGCCCACCACGUGCAUUGAGGGACAAAGAUACA